AUGGCCCCAUCGAUGGCGCGACGCGCCCGAGGCGUACGGCGCGGCGCCGCCACUCCGUGGCGGGCAGUGCUGGCGACAGGCUUCCUGUGCCUCAUCCUCUUCGACUCGGCCUUUGUCCUGCCGCGGGCAAAGCCCCGAACGAUCCGCGUGGCUGCCCGCCAAAGUUGGGUCGACGAGUUCCAGGACUUCCGCGAUAGUGGUUACGACGUGGCCAAGCUCAUGUUGAAGAAGGCAAAGGAGACCGGGAAGGGAGAUCGUCUCCUUGCAGCUUCUCGCACGCUCUCCGACGGCGACACCUCUGACGAGGGUGGCGCCGCUUCCGCACUCCACGCCAUCCGGGACAUGUUGGGGUCUCAGGAGGGCAUCCUCCAACGUGAGCUCACAGGGCUCCGGAGCCAGCUUUCCGCCUUGGACACGCGCUUUUCGCAAGUACAAGAGCGGCUGCAAGAAUCGGAGGAGCGUGAGGGGCUUCUUGGCAAGCGGCUGACAGCGGCGCUAAAGCAGGAGCGGGAGUUGAAGUUCGCCCUCGAGACCGCGCGGCAGCAGUAUGAAACUGUGUCUGAGGAGCUCGAGUCGCUACAGGACUCCGAGACGAAGCUGAAGCGUCAAGUCCAAGACUUGGUCCUGCGGGAGCAGGAGCUCAAGAACGCCGACGUCGUGCGACCGAAGGAUAUGGAGGAAGUCGAGGCUCUGCGGAAAGAGCGGGAUGAGCUGCUUCAGCGUCUUGAGAUGCUCACGAAGCAGGGCGAGAACUACGGCCAAGAGCUACAAGCUUCGAUGCAGCGGGAGGCGCAACUCCAGGCGGCACUGGACAAUUCCACGGAGCAGAUGGCGGAGCUCGUCUGCGCCCUGACGGAGUCACGCGCCAGAGAGGCCGAACUGCAGGGACAGCUGUCUGCGGCUUUGCAACGGGAAGAGGCCGUUCAGCUGGACCUGGCCGAGUCACGGAACCGCGAGAACCAACUCCAGUCGGAGCUGGAGGAGCAGGCUCAGCGGUUGGCGGACGCGCUCUCGGCGCAGGAGCAGCUUGCUGAGCGGCUGGACGAGACCCUGCGGAAGGCAACUACGGUGGCCGCAGAUCUCACGAAAUCCCGCAAGCACGAAGUUGCGCUGAUGAAGGACCUCAAAGCCUCGCUGGAUAGGGAAGAAAUCUUGAAGGAGGAGUUGGAAGCCGUCGCGCGGCCGGUCUCCUGA